UGUUUAAACAUAGCAUCUUCAACAAAAUAUAUUUGUACUAAUUUUAAAUCUUAUUUUUGUUGGCUAGUUUGAAAAACCUGGGGCGCAGGCCAACUUUGACUACCCUGACAUGGCUGAGGAGGCAGGGAAGAAGGCUUUAGCUGAUGCAGGUAUUCCAUAUUCAGCAGUGGAGCAAGCAUGUGUGGGUUAUGUUUAUGGUGACUCAACCUGUGGGCAACGGGCUAUCUAUCACAGUUUGGGAUUAACUGGCAUCCCUAUCAUUAAUGUCAACAACAACUGUUCCACUGGAUCCACUGCUCUGUUCAUGGCCCGGCAACUGAUUCAGGGAGGUCUGGCAAAUUGUGCUCUGGCUCUUGGCUUUGAGAAGAUGGAGAAGGGGCCAUUGAAUAUUAUGCAAAAGGAGAGGACCAAUCCACUAGACAAACAUGUGGAAGUAAUGAUAAACAAAUACGGCUUAGCAACAGCUCCAUUAGCACCUCAGAUGUUUGGAAAUGCUGGAAAAGAACAUAUGGAGAAAUACGGAACAACAUUAGCACAAUUUGCAAAAAUUGCUUGGAAGAAUCAUAAGCAUUCAACUAACAACCCGUAUUCCCAGUUCCAGGAGGAGUACAGUUUGGAUGAAGUGUUGAAGUCUCGCCAAGUUUAUGAAUUCUUGACCCUUUUACAGUGUUGCCCAACAUCUGAUGGAGCCGCCGCUGCAAUUUUGGGCAGUGAAGACUUUGUGAGAAAGUAUGGGUUGCAGUCAAAAGCAGUGGAAAUUGUGGCCCAGGAGAUGGUCACUGACUUUUCAAGUACAUUUGAGGAAAAGAAUUGCAUUACACUGGUUGGCUAUGAUAUGACUAAAGAAGCAGCACGAAAAUGUUUUUCAAAGGCAGGUGUGAAACCUACAGAUGUGGAUGUUAUUGAACUUCAUGACUGUUUUUCAGUUAAUGAGCUCCUUACUUAUGAAGCAUUGGGUCUCUGCCCUGAAGGACAAGCUGGUGAACUGGUUGACAAAGGAGACAAUACUUAUGGUGGAAAAUGGGUCAUAAAUCCGAGUGGUGGUUUGAUUUCAAAAGGUCACCCAUUGGGUGCCACAGGUCUGGCUCAGUGUGCUGAACUGUGCUGGCAGCUGAGAGGGGAAGCCGGGAAGAGGCAAGUUCCUGGUGCAAAGGUUGCUCUGCAGCAUAACAUAGGCCUUGGCGGGGCUGUAGUUGUCACCCUGUACAGAAUGGGGUUCCCUGAAGCAGCAGGCAACCACCGCAUCCAGGCUAUUCCCACCAGAGCACUUGUUGACGGAUUUAAAGCACAUCUCGUCUUCAAAGAGAUUGAAAAGAAACUUGAAGAGGAAGGAGAAAAAUUUGUCAAGAAAAUUGGUGGUGUUUUUGCCUUCAAAGUAAAAGAUGGUCCUGGCGGUAAAGAAGCAACUUGGAUCGUAGAUGUGAAAAAUGGGAAAGGUUCUGUGGACAUUAAUUCAGAUAAGAAGGCUGAUUGUACAAUUACAAUGGCUGAUGCUGACUUGCUGGCUCUAAUGACGGGUAAAAUGAAUCCUCAGACAGCUUUCUUUCAAGGUAAAUUGAAGGUGGCUGGGAACAUGGGUUUGGCAAUGAAACUUCAGAACCUACAGCUUCAGCCAGGCAAAGCUAAACUUUGAACUCAUUAAAUUACUCACUUGGCUACAUUUCACAGUCAACAUUUGGUGUGUACAUGUAUUUGUCAAAGCUAGAAUGGAAUUAGACAUUGGAAAUUACAUGACACAGGUUGUGGAUGGUCAGGUCCAUCUUUCUUAAAUCCUAAUAGAGAUCUCAGUGCUAUCUUGCUGAAUUCCAUAACUCUGUCUAUGGAAAGUUAAUAUACUAAUUAUGAUUUUUAGGCUGAGCUAGGGCACCAGUGGUUAUGAACAAUGUCCUAGCAGGUAUUAUGCAAGUGAAAUCAGUUUUGACUAAUGAAAUUAUUUAAAUAAUGUUUGGGACGUAUUUAAUAAAGUCCCUUGACUAUCAGUUUUAGUCAGAUACAUGGACUAGUUGGAAGGACAAUGGAAACAUGAAGACAAAUAACUUGGUAAUAACUUGUUUAGUUUCUUUUACUUUGUUCAUUUUUGUUAACAAUGUUUGAAAACCUGUAAUGGGAUUUUAGGGGACACUUUCUAUCAGACUUCCUUUACUUAACAGAAAAGUGUUUCUUUAUAAAUGCCUUCUGGGCAGGAUCUAGACAUUUGACAGAAUUUUUUUAAACAAACAUUGGGAAUCUGCUUUUAAAGAACAUUCCAUUUUGGAAGUGAACAAAUAUGUAACUAAAUAAAGGCAUCCAAAAAUAGUGGUCAGGACAAAGAAUUUGCUCUGAGAUUCACAGCAUUUGCUUGUAAUGUCUCAUUGCCCUGAAAUAAAAUUAUGGGGGGAGAUCAUCUGACAUUUUAAAAUCUAUUUUGUUUAAAUGAUUAUCUCUUUUGCAGUUCUGGAGUUGAUAAUUAUCUUGGCAUUCUGUUUUGCAGAUACAAUGUAUUCUGGUUGAAUGUUUAAUAGAAAAUUAAACAUACUUUUCCUGUUU